GGUUUCUUAAAAGUAGUAGUACUUCUGCUGUCGACCAGCUACUUUCUUCGAAUUAUUGCUACAGAAACAUGCUCCGGCGGCCCCACGAGACGACUCUCUCUUUCUCUCUUCUUUUUCUUUUUUGGUCUUUUCUCUGGUUUAAAACUACUAAUGCAACCCAUUCAAGGGUCACAAAGUCAUCAUUCUCACUGCCGUUGGCCACCAUCUCCGGCCAUCCACCUUCUCACCAGUACACGACUCCCAUCUUCAAGAGCUGAACACCGUGAACAGAUCCAACCAACCCACCACCGUCAUACUCUGAGAACAGGCGCGAGAGCAAUGCAGAUAUUCCCAGAAAGUAUGCGGAAACUUUGGAAUGAAUGGGAGCUACGCUUCAUGGUUCUACUAAGCCUUUUCCUACAAAUCGUCCUAAUCAUCUUUAGCAAACGACGAAAGUACACAGUCACACCUUGGAUCAGAAUCCUGAUUUGGUCGGCCUACUUGUCCGCAGACUGGGUGGCGACAGUAUCCCUCGGUACCCUCUCAAACAGCCAAGGAGAUUCGGAAGGGAAACUUCUGGAUCCAAACUAUACCCUCAUGGCAUUUUGGGCGCCAUUCCUUUCUUGCACCUUGGUGGUCCGGACACUAUCACGGCUUAUUCCUUAG